AUGAGCCGUAGCAGCAGCAGCAGCAGCAACAGCAGCAGCAGCAGCAACGGCAGCAUCAGCAACAGCAGCACUCUGUUGCGCAGCAGCAGGCGAACCUAUAGGAACCACAGCUGCGUGCAGCAGAAAAAGCCGCUGCUGCAGCAACAGCAGCAAGCCGUUAGUCGCAGCAGCAGCAGCAACAGUAACACCUGCAGCAGCGCCAGCAAGAGCAGCAGCAAAGCUCGUGAUUUGCUGCUGUUUGGAAGGUACCCCUACAGGUUAAUGCUUUUGCGCAGCUGCAGCAGCAACGGCAGCAGCAACAGCAGCAAGCCGUUAGCCGCAGCAGCAGCAGCAGCAGCAGAAGCACAGCGACCGGUACAUCUUUUGAAACCAAUGCAGCAAAAGGAUAAGAGCACAGCGGCGGCAUGCUGGCAGCAGCAGCAAAGCAGCAGCAGCAGCAGAGCAGCAGCAGCAGAACAGAUCUUGUUUCUUGCGCUCAGGAGACAAAACGGAGGCAUGCGUUAG